AUGUUCCUCCAGCGCGCAAGUCAGGCGCUUUUGCUCUGCGUAGCGGCGAUCGUCGGCACUCUUGCUGCGCCCAGUGUUCUGCUGCAAGUCUCUGGCCCAUCAUCAGUAGUGGACAUCGGCAACCUCAAGGUCGUCACUACCGUCACCAACACGGGCGAAGAGCCCUUGAAGCUGCUCAACGACCCUCGUAGCCCACUCUCCGACCUUCCGACGGAUAAAUUCACUAUCACCAACCAGCACGGCACUAGUCCGGAUUUCAUCGGGAUUGCGGUCAAGUACAUCCCACAUGUUGCCAUUGGCUCGGAUGACCCCUUGGUAUACACAAACCUUUCUCCCGGGCAAUCCGUCGCAGUUGAACACGAUUUAUCAGUUGCUUACGAUUUUUCCACGUCGGGGGCGGGACCAUAUGUCAUCAAUGUGAAGGAGCUUAACGCCCUCUACUAUGUGUCGCAAGGGUAUAUUUCCGCCCUACUCGCUGGACGUAACCUCCCGGACCACGCUGUCAAUGUUUCAGGCUCCCUCAUGCCAUCUCGUACCCGCGCCCCUUUCAGACCUGACGUAGAAGAAUGCGAGGAUUGGCAGGAACGGGCCAUACUCACCGCUAUCCCCGUCACCAACAAGUAUAUCAGCACCUCGCUCCAGCUGUUAACUCAGGAUGGCUACACCGGCGAUCACUAUAGACGGUGGUUUGGAGGUCCCAGCGAACACCGACUUUCCACCGUGGCGUCUCACUUCGAGGCCUUGCUGGGGAACAACUUUACCGAGUUCACCUUCGUCUGCAAGACGGCCUUCUGCUCUCGCAAACCAGGCCUAUACGCAUAUGUGUACCCGGACGAGUUUGGGCGGAUCCACGUCUGCGACACGUUCUUCCGCUCUCCCGUUGGUGGACCAGACUCGCGGGCAUCGACCAUCGUUCAUGAGUCAAGCCACUUCACGCGCAAUGGCGGCACCCUCGAUCACGCCUAUGGGCAGACUCUGACGCAAGAGCUCGCUCGCAGCUACCCGCAACUCGCAGUCAUGAACGCGGACAAUCACGAGUACUUCUCGGCGGCCUCCCACGACAACGACGUCAAGGAGCUGCCCGUGCUGCUCACGCAGGUACACUUCAGCGGCGAGUCCUUCCGCGUCUGA